AUGUUGCGCCGCUUUUUGCGGGCGGCCGCUCGCGCCGCGCUCAGCGCCUCAGCGCCUCCACGGCACCGUCCGGCACCGCGCCAUGCGUGCACCGUGCCGCCGGACAGCGUGGGGCGGCUGCAGGCAUCGCACUACCGCCUAGUGUACACCUGCAAGGUUUGCCGGCGCCGCUCGGCGCAGAACAUUUCCCGCCUGGCCUACAGCCGCGGCGUCGUCAUCGUCACGUGUCCCGGCUGCCACAGCCAUCACGUGAUCGCCGACAACCUGGGCUGGUUCUCCGACCUGCAGGGCAAGAGGAAUAUCGAGGAGAUCCUGGCAGCCAAAGGGGAGAAGGUGAGACGUGUGCUUGCUGAGGAAGCCCUGGAGCUGCUUCCAGAAGACGUGGCAGAUGCUGGCCCUCAGAGCCGUCCUACAGAGGGAGAAAGUGGGGACCCCCCCCCAGAGACUGACGGCAAGGAACGGACGUGACAAGUGGGAUUGGUGCCAUUGUGCUGAUGGCAAGAGAGACUUUCGUGUUUCCUCCUUGAUUUCAGUGGGCUGUGCUUAGAAUAAAUGUGUCUCCUCUCUCUGUUGUGUUUUUGGUUGGUGUAGUUUUGCCUUUGCCCAAGCUAAUAAUGACAGAGUUGGGCUCUGGAUAUUUUUCCUGGCACUUUUGCUGUUCUUAAAGCAGUUGUAGGUGCUUCAGAGGCAUUGGGAAGCUUGCUUUGUUCUGAGGUGAGAAUGGAGCAAAUAAUUUCUGACCGUGUGCUUUGGCUCAAGCAGGUGUAGCACUAGCUGGAGGUUCUAGAAGUGUCCUCUGGCCUUGUCCAGGUGUUGCACAGCAGCAGCUGAUUGCAGUGCUCCUGGAGCUGCAUCACAUGGCAGCUGAGCAGAAGAGGCAAUUGGGACCACCUGAGGACAUGGCCCUGACCACAGGGGAGGCGUAUCUUUCUGGAAGAAGGGAAAAAGCCUGCUGGAGCUGCAGUGUGAUGGGGACCAGCGGUGCCCAAGCCUGGAGCAGCAGAGCAGGCAGCUGGGGAGAUUGCUGUGGAGGGCCUCUGGAAGCUGGCUGGCUGCAGACUGGAAUUCACAGUGCUGGGCUGCUAAGAGCCAGCAGAUCCCUCCCCGUGGGCUGCGUGCCCUUCCAGCCUGCUGGAGAUCAUGGCUGGGACAGGAGCAGCACGAGGCUCAGGAGAUGGUUGAGGUACAAGCUAGGUGGGUAUACACGUGGCUGUGCACAUUCUCCUGCCUGAUCUCAGCUGUCUGACCUGUCCCAGGAAGGAGGCAGAGGCUCAGCCCAGCACUCUGGGCAGCAGGAGAAACGAGGGGAGUGCUAUUGUCCUCCACUGCCAGCUGCAGGGGAUAGUUCUGCUUGCUCUCCUGACAAGCCACAGCCAGAAAACGUUGCUGGCUUACAAAGCAGGUGAGUGCCAGAUGCAGGUUUCUGCCUCAGGCACACUGGACAGUCCCGUGUGAGGCUUGUGGCUCAGCUGCACCAGAAACAAUGAGUUCAGCUAAGUUUGAUUUCUGUGCUGAAUAACUGGGCAGAAGACUUUCUUCCUUCUUUCCAAAGUACCAGCUCUGGUCUUGUGGCUGCAAUGCAGGCUGCAUGGCUGGCACUUACCUUUCAGGCUUUGUCCCAUGCUUGUUUUCUGGAGGUCUCCAGAUCCACUAAAGGUAAAAGUGGGAGAGCCCCAGCUCCUGCUUUGGAGCUUCUGGCACAGAUCUGUACAGGAGCAGCUGAGGAAGCAGAGGGGACAGCAUACAGCUCUCACUGCAGAGUUCAUUGCAACCCCAGAACAAGCUUCAAAGCAUGGGGGACCGUAGCUGCAGCCAGGGGUGGGGUGAGCUUUAAAAGGUCCUUUGCAGCUUCUGAUUUGGGCCCGUUUUCUUCUGCAGAAAGAACAAAACUGAUGAAGAUAUUCCAGGAAAGGAUCCAGAACAACUUGUGUCGUCUCAUGACGCAGAUGUGACUGCAAAAUGGAAAAGGUGCUCUUCCCUUCCCCUAUUAAAAGUAUUUUAGAAAUAAAGAAGAUCGAGACUGCA